GCCGCUUCGGCUGUCGCAGCUCGCUCACAGACGAAGAAUCAUUCCUCGCAAGCGAUAUGGCCACACCACCCGCCCAACAACACUUCCAGCCCACCACCCCCGCCCCUGCUGCUGCCAACUUGGUGGAGCGAAAGCGCGUGCAGGUACAGGAGCAACACCGCCAGCAGCUGGCCGCCAUCAAGCAAUUCAAGAGUGCCGGAGGCGUCGGUGAGGACACGGAACUGAUCGAUCCACCGCCCAUGGUGCACCCGGAGCAACUGGAGCGGCUGGAGCGCCGGCGCCGGUUUCGAGCGCGCCGCAACCACCUAGAGGCUGUCGAGUGCACGCUUGCGGACAUGCUCCCACCGUCCUGCCAACAUCACGACUCGCUCUCCAACCUCACCCUCAUUGUGCCUGCAGGCACCCAGCUCAAGCCUCAAAACCCGCUCCCAGCGGAGUUCACCAAGGAUGUCGAGUGGAUGGUGGUGCGUGGCAAUGGUCUCACCCUGAGUGCACUGAGGACCAUCUUGCAUGCAAGCAGCUGGCCCCGGCUGCAGCACCUAGUGGUACAAAGCUUGCCCGCUCCCACGCUUUCACUGGACCUGUUUAACCCGCUCUCGCAGCUGGUCACGCUGGACGUCUCUGGCAACGGCAUUGUGACGCUGCAGCGCGGCAAUCUGCGGCCGGCCCUCGCGGCACUGCUCACCAGCCUGGACGCUUCCAACAACCUCAUCAUGAGCCUCCACAGCAACCUGUUUGAUGGCAUGACCUCGCUGCAGCUGCUCUUCCUGCAGCACAACCAGCUCGAAACCGUGAAAUCCCGUGCGUUUGCAGCCCUCACCGCGCUCCAAAUCCUCGAGCUUGGGGAAAACCUGCUUACGCGCAUUGAAGACAAGGCAUUCGAGGGCCUCUCCAACCUGCUUGAGCUGCACCUGAACCAGAACGACAUUGACACGCUGACGGCGCACACGCUGGACGGCCUGUCCAGCCUGGAGGAGAUCUCGUUCCUGCGCAAUCCGUUUGGCAGUCUGCACCGGGACGCGUUCUGCGCCCUGACGAGUGUGCGCGAGAUCAACGUGGUGAGCACGGAGCUGACGUCGUUGCCUGAGCACAUCUUUGACAAGAACACGAGGCUGCAAAUCGUGGAUGUGCGCAGCAACCGGCUGUCUGCGCUUCCAAAGGGCCUGUUCGACAACCUGCCAGCCAUGGUCAGCAUGCGGCUGGCAAGCAACGUGCUCAAGUCCCUCCCCACCCACAUCUUCGAUCGCCUACCGCUCUUGCGCGAGGUGCUGCUGCACGACAACCAGCUGACCUCCCUCCACCCGAACCUGUUCGAACACAACCCUGACAUCUGGGUGGCCAAUCUGCAGCGCAAUCGCUUCAAGAGCCUGCCCCCCACCCUCUUCCAGGCCAACAAGCGCUCCCUUGAGCACGUGUACAUCGGCGGCAACGCGCUCAAGACCGUCGACGCCAUACUUGACGGCCUGGUGGCCCUCAAGUCCCUCUUCGUCCGCAGCAACAGGAUUACGCAACUCACCGCGGUCCUCCCCGCCUUGGAGGACCUGGACAUGAGCAACAACCCGCUGCAGCAAAUGCCGGACGUUUCAGCCAGCCCGCACCUGGAAACCAUCCGCGUGCAGAACAACCACAUCACGCAGAUUGACUUUACGCCGCUGCUGCAGCUUGCCAACCUGACCAUCCUUCGCGUGUCGACUGCCGAGCACCUGCGCGCGGUUGCGAGUGUGGAUGUGUCCAAACUGGACACGCAGAGGACGCGUCGGCUGACCACGUUCGAAGCGCGGCACCUCGAUCUCUCGCAGGUGUUCCACGCUGGUGGCGGUGUUGGUGGCAGUGGCGACAACAGUGGUGGCGGUGAUGACAGCAGUGGUGAUCAGAGUAACACGAACAACAACAACAGCAACGACAGCAGCAGCAGCAGCAGCAGCAACGACAGCAGCAGCAACGACGGCACCAACGGUAUCAGUCAACAACAGCAACAGCAACAGCAACAGCAACAGCAACAGAUGGCUGCCUUCCCCGUGAACGUGUCACUGGACAACCUGUACCUUGGAUGGCCAGGCAUGAACGAGGACACGGUGCCGCUGGAGGUGGUGUGCAACAUGCUGGACCCACACGUGCGGGAGCUGAGCAUCACGCACACGUCUUACACCGCCAUCCACAUGUGCCAGGGCAACUUUGACUCCAUCUUCCUGCAGCACAACACGCAGCUGCAGACCGUGCACAUUGAAGACGACAACCUUGUGCAGCUCAAUGUGUCGUUCAGUGAGCACCUGCACACGCUGCAGGCCCCCUUUGUUGAGGUGAUUGACGUGUCCAGCACCAAACUGGCGCCAACACGCGCCAUGUGCUCAUCGUGGGGCGCAACGAUGUUGUUUGCCCGGUCCAUGAUCGAUGAUGGCUUCCGGUCGCCAACGACAGCGCGCCGGCUGCUGCGCCGCUGCCUCACGUUUGUGCAAGUGGUGGACCUGUCGCAGAACGAGUGGCUGAACCAACUCGACCUCAUCACACCCAUCACGGAGCAGAUCACGGUGCUGGCGCAGCUCCAGUUCAAGUCCACAGACUUCAGCAUCACCCUCACGUCACGCACCUCGCCACCCAUUCUGCAAUUGGAGCAGGUGCCCAUCGAAUGCAACCUGCGGCUGCGCAGCGAGGUGUUGCGUCAUGCCCAAAACCUGGACGGCCUGUCCACUGAGGUUGUCUACUUCUUCGACUGCAAGUGCUCCAGCGGGCACCGCAUCGACAGCAGCGGCCACUGCCAGAAGGUGGUCGUGCAGCUUGCGCCCAUCAUCGUUGGCUCCGUAGUGGCUGGGCUGGUGCUGCUUGCUCCGCUUCUGUUCUGGCUGUACCGCCGUUAUAGAAGCACGCGUGCGAGUGACAGCUUGCACAAGCAGCUGCUGUCGGAGCGAGACGAGGAGGUGAUGGCACUGAAGAAGGCGUGGGAGAUUGGAUACGAUGAGCUGAGGAUGAUCAAGCGUGUAGCUGCGGGUGCCUUUGGUGUUGUAUUCAAGGCCAAGUGGGACACGCUGGCAGUGGCGGUGAAAGUGCUGCAGCAGACACACAUGAGCCUGGAUGACAUGUCCAUGGGCGCUGAGUUUGAGAAGGAGGUGGAGUUUCUGCAGCGGACACGGCACCCGCACGUGGUGCGGUUCUUUGGUGCGGGCACAGACCCCAACGGCAGCCCGUUCCUGGUGCUGGAGUUUGUGGCGAUGGGGUCGCUGCGCGAGCUGCUACAGCGUGACUGGGACACGAUGCUGAAGGAGGUCAAGACGAAGCAGCUGCAGCUGCACGCAGAUGAAGACGAUGAAGGGGACGGUGAGUAUGCUGCGAGUGGUGGCAUUGACAGUAGCAUUGGUGGUGGUCGUGGUGGUGGUGGUUGUGUUGAUGGUGGCGUACACGCGUCAACGCGUUCACCACCAUCUUCAUCUGGUGUUGGGGGACUGGUGGAGUCCCUGCUCGCCGCCCCAGGCGUGCUACCCUCAUCAACUGCUGACCAACAGCAACACCAGCACGACCAGAGGCGAACGCGAUCACGGGUGCAGUCUGUAAUGCAUGUGACGUCACCAUGGCAGCUGAAGCUGCGGCUGCUGCGUGAUGUUGUCAGCGGGAUGGCGUUCAUCCACAGCCUUGGCCACGUGCACAGGGAUUUGAAGAGCGGAAAUGUGCUGGUGUCUGCCUCGCUUCGCGCCAAGAUUACGGACUUUGGGUCCAUUCGCCAGUGCCUGGUUGGCCACGGACACACCACGACCACGACGGUGACCACACGAACGCCAAUACAUCAUCGCUCCCUCCUCUCCUUGAAUAGGCGAUCGAUGCACCAAGAUAGAAGCGACAGCAACACCAACACCAACAGCAGCAGUGGUGGUGGUGAUGAUGAUGAUGAUUGUGGUUGUGGUGAUGAUGGUGAUGACGUCCAAGAGGACCUGCCGUACUCGCAGCAGAUGGGUGGCGAGACAAUACACCUGACGAUGACAGCCGGUGUGGGCACGCCGCUGUACAUGGCACCAGAGGCGCUGACAGGCAGCAGAUAUGACGCCAAGGCAGACGUGUUCAGCUUUGGCGUGCUGAUGUGGGAGGUGGCGACACAGCGUGUACCAGACCUGAUUGCGCAGGAGAAGGGCAACAACUACCAGGGGCCCAUGCUGGCUAUGCUCAGCACCUUGAUGCGGGACGGCAAACGCCUGCGCUUCGAUGAUGAGAAGGACGCGUCUGUUGCCGCCUGGUAUCGGGAGCUGACGACAGAUUGCAUGGCGCAGUCGCCGACCCAGCGGCCCACAUUUACUGCUUUGAAGAAGAGGCUCGAGGCGCCAUCAUCAUCAACCAACGUGUAG